AUGGUUCUGUACAAGGGACAAGUGACGACGAAGUACUACCGGUUCCUGGCAAAAGGAGGUGGAUGGGUUUGGUUGCAGAGCUAUGCAACCAUCGUCCACAACAGCCGCUCCUCCCGCCCUCAUUGCGUUGUCUCUGUCAAUUACGUCCUCACAGAGACGGAGAUGAAGGAUCUGUUGCUGAAUUCCGAACAAAUACAUCGAGAAGACGUAUCUCAUCAGUAUAUUUCCAAUGCACCUGGGGAAUCAUCGCCAGGCUCUAAGAAAGUAAAAUACCCGAGAGGGAAGUACCGAUCUGCACCUUACAGCCCCGUGACUGCCAUCACUCCAAAGGAGGAGGACCCAGCUCCGCCUGUUCUCUUGCAAACCCAACAACAGCAAGGAGAACAGCAACAACAACAACGGCAACAGCCCCCAGGCCUUGGGGAGGACCAUUUGCCACACAUGGGAUAUUCGAAUCUGUGUCAUGUGGCAUCCUCGUAUACUCCAGUGGAAGGUUACGUGGAUCCCCUUUAUCCUGCAGCGUAUCUCAUGGGUCCAGCUGAUGGUGUGGGUUAUGAUGAGGGUGAAGAGACGGGCUAUCACGGAGACAUGAAUUAUCCUGCCGACAGACCCUUCAGCACGGAGUCCUCUAGUUCCUCCAGUCUCCACAGCUGUACCAGUGACUCCGAAACCUGCAACGUCGUCUUCUCCACGAAAGACGUCGUCUUGAGUGACGUGUAUAACACGGAUCCUUCGGGAGGAUCCCCAGUGCCUCAUUCUCAUCCAAACCCACAUCUGCAUCCACAUCCCCAUCCAAACCCACAUCCCCAUCCCCAUCCGCAUCCACAUCCACACCCACACCCACACCCACACCCACACCCACACCCACACCCACACCCACAUACCCACCCCCAUCCCCAUCCCCAUACCCAUACCCAUACAACAGAACUCUCAGUGACCUUGAAGGAGCAAAAUCCGGACCCCGAGCGAGGGUUUUAUCCUAGCGUCAUUGUCGAUCCUCAGCAAUUUCCCAUGGUCAACGAGUUCGUUCAUUGA